CGCGCACAUCCGUCCGUCCGUUACCGACGCAUCUUCCUGGCCUGCCUCCCCCUCCCUCGCCUGUCCUCCCUCUCCCCCGUUAGUCUCUCUCUUUUUCUAUUUUUUUUAAAAAAACUCCUUUCCUGUCUGCUCCACCUGAAGGGAAGUGCUCAAAGCCGAUAAGGAAAUCUCGCGUGUCGGCGCGGCUCCAUGGGCGCAGAGCUCCGGUGAAGAGCCGCUCUCCGCGGUGUUUUCAGGGGAUGUAGAGAGAGCGGGGACGGAGCCUCCGCUCUGCCCAGCCCGCUGCACCGCCGAGCGGCCUGCCAAGCACGCAAGAUGUCGACCAGAACGCCAUUGCCCACCGUGAACGAGCGCGACACCGAGAAUCACACGUCAGUGGAUGGCUUCGUUGAACCCCCGCCUCCCCCAACAAAAUCUGCGAGUCGCCACAGUCUGCCGCGAUGUCGCAACUCCUACACCUCUGCAGACGAGCAUCCUCACAUUGGCAACUAUCGCCUCCUGAAGACCAUUGGGAAAGGAAAUUUCGCCAAAGUGAAGCUGGCGAGACACGUUUUGACUGGAAGAGAGGUGGCGGUCAAGAUUAUAGACAAAACCCAGCUUAAUCCGACCAGUCUACAAAAGCUCUUCAGAGAAGUCAGAAUAAUGAAGAUAUUAAAUCAUCCUAAUAUAGUAAAAUUGUUUGAAGUCAUCGAAACAGAGAAGACUCUUUACUUGGUUAUGGAGUAUGCCAGUGGUGGGGAAGUGUUUGACUAUCUAGUGGCUCACGGCAGGAUGAAGGAAAAGGAAGCCAGAUCCAAGUUCAGGCAGAUUGUGUCUGCAGUACAGUAUUGCCACCAGAGGAGGAUAGUUCACAGAGAUCUCAAGGCAGAGAACUUGUUAUUAGAUGCAGACAUGAACAUCAAGAUCGCCGACUUUGGCUUCAGCAACGAGUUCACUGUGGGCAGCAAGCUGGACACUUUCUGUGGAUCUCCGCCGUACGCUGCUCCUGAGCUCUUCCAGGGGAAGAAGUAUGACGGUCCUGAAGUGGACGUUUGGAGUCUCGGGGUUAUCCUGUACACACUGGUCAGCGGCUCCCUGCCUUUCGAUGGGCAGAACCUCAAGGAGCUGAGGGAGCGGGUGCUCCGGGGAAAGUACCGCAUUCCUUUCUACAUGUCCACAGACUGUGAAAACUUGCUGAAGAAACUCCUCGUGCUGAACCCCGUCAAGCGAGGCAGUUUGGAGCAAAUCAUGAAAGACCACUGGAUGAAUGUGGGCCACGAGGACGAUGAACUCAAGCCUUACGUUGAGCCAGAGGCCGACUUUAAUGACUCCUCCAGAAUAGAGCUCAUGGUGACAAUGGGAUUUCCUAAAGAUGAGGUCACAGAGUCCCUCCAGAACCAGAAGUAUAACGAGAUCAUGGCCACUUACCUUCUGUUGGGUCGAAAAGCUCCAGAGUUUGAGGGCAGCGAGCCUCUGACGAACAGUGUUCUGGGCCAGCGGCAGAGGCCGACCAGCGACAUCAACAACAGCUCCAGCGUUUCUCCCGCUCACCCCAAGGUCACGCGCAGCAUCUCGACCAAUCAGAAGCAGCGCCGCUACAGUGAUCAUGGUGGGGAUGAUGAUGGUGGUGGUGGUGGUGGUGGUGGUGUCGUAGAGAAGCCAAUGGGUCCAUCUGUGCCACCAGCAGUUUCGUAUUCCAAGCGGGGACAGGCCCUGAGUGUGGAAAGUGACCACAGGGAAGAGUGGGACGGAGCGCACCGGCUCGAGCUCAGCACCUCAAAGGGGGACGUUCCUGCCUCGCCGCUGGGGGUGCAGGAGAGGAAGAAAGCCACAAGUGCUGUAGGAACCAACGGUUCAAUGACUCGCAGGAACACAUAUGUGUGCGAGCGAUCCUCCACUGACCGAUACUCAGCAAUUCCCAACGGCAAAGACAGCAGUUUAACUGAAGUUUCAGGGAGCACCCCGUCGACUGCAACGAGCUCCACACGACCACGUCACACCAAGUCCAUGUCCUCGUCGGGGCAUCCUUCAAAGAGCACACUGCCCCCUAUUGAGGAUAACACAGAGCUGAAAGCCAGCUCUUCUCCACGCGGUCCCUCCACCUCUCCGUCUGCACACAGCAUCACCACACCAGAGAAGAACCGCUUUCCUCGGGGCACCACCAGCCGAAGCACCUUUCACGGAGCUCAACUCAGAGAUCGCCGCAGUGCUACUUACAACGGACCCCCAGCUUCGCCCACGCUGUCCCACGACACGGGGGCUCUCGCGCAGCAACGCAGGGGCACGUCAACGGGAAUCAUCAGCAAGAUCACCUCCAAGUUUGUCCGCAGAGCUAUGUCUUUCAGGUCAACCCGGAGGGUGCCUAGUGAGGGAGAAGCCAGUGCCAGGACAGAAACUCCAAGAAGCGCAUCUGGCGACUCUAAAGAAGAUGCAGGCCGAGAUGCCAAGCCCCGCUCGCUGCGUUUCACCUGGAGCAUGAAGACCACCUCUUCCAUGGAGCCCGCCGACAUGAUGAGAGAGAUCCGGAAGGUCCUGGACGCCAACAGCUGCGACUACGAGCAGCGUGAGCGAUUCCUGCUUUUCUGCGUCCACGGCGACGCCCGCCAGGACAAUCUGGUUCAGUGGGAGAUGGAGGUGUGCAAGCUGCCCCGCCUUUCCCUCAACGGCGUGCGCUUCAAGAGGAUAUCGGGCACGUCCAUCGCCUUUAAGAAUAUCGCCUGCAAAAUUGCCAAUGAGCUUAAACUGUGAUGGCAGAUGGGGGUCCCAGUCAGUCUGAUGAGCUCUGGUUACAGUCUCUUCUCAUCACUGGAUUAGUGUUGACUUACAGGACAAAGUCAGCACUGGGGGUCCUCGCCUGGCUGAAUCGGGGGGGGGACUUGGCUGGUAAAGUGCAAUACUGGCCACGAAUGUACUGUUCAGGUAGUUAAUCCGAGAGAUCUCGUAACCUCUAACCUCUGUGAUAGACUGAUGGCAAAAAACAGCUAACUCCUUUAGCCCUUUGUUUUUUGCCUGCCUUUGGCCGACUGACCUUUUUUUUCAUGUUCCAAGUGAGAGGUUAUGUAAAACAUGCAGUAUGCAACCGAAGAAGACCAUCCUGCAAUAAAGUUUCCACUUUUCUUUUCUAACUUUGGCCCAAUAACCAUUAAAUUUACUGCAAGCUAAAAUAUUCGCUUUUUCCACCUGUGCUAAGGCAGUAUAUAAAUCAGGCUGGAGCUGCCCAUCGUAUGUAAAAAGAGGAUUGUACUGUAUGAGAACAUCUGCAGGUACUGUACGUACAUUGACUUUACGUUCUGUACAGAAUUUAACUGUUAAUACUGUCUUUUUUCAUGGGAUUAAGUUCUUUCCUAAUAUGAUUCUUGCCUCUUAGAGGAUAUUCUUUCCAUUUGUGAUGUUUUUUUGUUUUUUUUGAGAGCCACCGUAUGAAAAUAGUGUUUUGAAUUUUAUUUAAAGAGCACUAAAUUAUUUUGUGAAUGAGGGGGAUUUGUUCCCUUGCCUUUUAUGUUCAUUUUUUUUCACCCUACGGAGAAAAAAAAACACAGUUGCACCGCAUAGACUUGAGUUGAAACUGAAAAUACGUUCACUUUAUUUGUUUUCUCUCUGCAGUAGGAACAGGUGAGUCGCAGAUCCCUGCUCCAGCUGCACAAGUAUUCCAGGGUAUGCAGGGGCGUUCCCUUCCAUGUCAGUUUGGUGGUCCUCAUUUCCAAAAGUGCAGUUUUUUUUUACAGGGUUGCUGUUGAAAGAGACGGACGGGUCGUCUUCAUCAUGAGGAAGAAGAUUCUACUGUAGAGCCUUUCUGAAAGGCCUGACUCGCUCUUGUGACCAGUGAUUCUGCAGAUCCCUGUGCAUCUCUUUUAUUUUGUUCUCAUUUUUAUUUCAACUGAUUUCAUUGUAUUUAUUCCAUCGCAUUGUACUGUGCUGCUUUGUAGAUUUGAGGCGUGCACUUUGUUGGAGAAAAUUAAAAGGAUUUUAUUUGUUUGUAUU